CUUUUUAAAUUUUUUGGUCUAAUUAGAAGUUGUGGAAAGCAACGUGCACUGUUGUAUUGUUGUGCAACAACUCAAUCUCAUUUUGAUCUGCCUCUCAUGUCUCUUCUUUUUCAGUCUCUCUGAUGGCAGUAACUACUACCGAGUUGUUUUUGUGUCUUUUGUCUUGAAUAUCCAGACUGAAUUUGACUCUGCCUGUUAGAAGUCUCGUUUGUUUUGUCACAUGUGCAGGUCUAAAUGGAAGGAAGACUUAAUGGAACAUGUCAGUGGAGAUUGUUAUUCAACAAAUCUGUAGAGGUCAUUUUUCGGGGGUGUUAGUGAAAUGAUUGUACUAGUAAUUUGAUCUAAUUUUGUAGUAUAUGCAGGCUUAUCUGGCUAAUCGAUCUUGUUUGCGAAACAGGGUUGAUUCUGCCAAUCAUCAUUGAUUUCAAUAUCUUCGAAGGACAGGUUUUUUUUUUCCUGCUUCAAUCUUUCACUAUCUAAUCCUGAAAUAGCUCAUUCUUGUCAAGGCAUGGCUGUGAAGGAGAUGUCUUGUGUUAAAUCACAGAAAAGUUCUAAGGGUAUUGGCACGGCUUUGGCAUCAGCUGUUCUUGAAUGGCUGCUGAUCUUUAUGCUUGUGAUUGUUGCUGUAUUUUCGUACUCGAUCACAAAAUUUGCUGUUUACUGUCACUUGCAAAACCCAUGUCUUCUAUGCUCAAGGCUGGAUCAUGCCUUGGGCAAUAAGAAAAGGAAAUAUUAUUGGGAUCUCAUCUGCCGAAAUCAUAAGUUGGAAAUUUCUUCCUUGGUUUUCUGCCAUCUUCAUGAAAACCUUGCUGAUGUCCAUAGCAUGUGUGAAAAUUGCCUCUUCUCAUUUGCCACAAUGAACAAGUCUAAUGCUGAAACGUACAGAUUGUUGGUGGGUAAGUUGGGAGAAGAUUCAAAAUGUGGUUUUGAUCAGAACCCACCACUUGACUGUUGUAACCCAAAUCAUGUGAAUAUAAGGUGUUCUUGUUGCAAUGAGCCAUUGCAUUUAAAAGGAAAUUCUGAGCAAUUGAUGCAGAUUAAAUCAUUCGGCUUGCGGGUUCCUGAUCGUGAUAUGAUUUUAUCAGCUGUUGGACAAAAUCAGGAUGCCGUAGAUAAGAGAAUAGAGAAACCAUCUGCAUCAUUCAGAGUUACCCGUAAAAGAAACCGUGGGAUUGAUCUCUCUCAUAUAGGAUACACUGAGCUUAAGAUUACUUCUGAUACUGAAUCUGAAACUGUGCUUUCAGAUGAUGGUGGUGAUGAUACUAGUGCUCAAAAUUGUCAAACCAAUCCCCAGGAAGAUCUUACAGUUCAAUCAGUAGACAUAAAGCCUUGCAUCAUCACGUUACCCCGAGACAUGACCUCGGAGAAGCCGAUAGAUCCAUUUUCAGCACCUGAGCCUUCACUUGUCAUCUCAGAAGUGCAAGCAAAUGUCAUCAAGACCGAUGAUAUGACUAAUGUAACAUCCACCGUCUCAGUUGGGCGUGGUUUGGUGGAACUGGAUUGGGAAGAUUUCAAAGGUGACCCUUCCUCAUAUUCAGAAAUUAUGCCCCUUGAAGAAAUUCCACCAUCAACCGAUACCAGAGAAACUUCAGCUGAAGCACCAAAAGAUAGCAGGACCAUUUCCCUUGAAAAUGUACCUCCACCAAUGGAUGCUAUGGAAACUCCAAUUGAAGUUUCAAAAGCAGGGGUCAUGAGGACUGGUGAAGUUGUGGAAUCACUUAUGACUGGCCAUGCGGAGGUUUGCGAGGUACGAACUGAUGCCAUCUCAACAACUGACACAGCUACUGAAACAAAUCCUAUUUCAAGUGAUAGCAGUCAACACUUGUCCGGUUUAUUGGAUCUUAGUGAUGCUUACAAGCUAGCAGUUGGUGGUAGGGGAAGGCAGUUGUCAGGAAUGCUCACAGAACAAUGGAUCGGAAAGGAUUCUUCAAGACUCAGUGAAGAUUUAAAGCAAUUGCUGUCACAAAUGUCUUCUUCUCGAGGAUUUGAGUUAUCAAUUAAUGAUAUGAGUCCUAGAGUGCCUCUAUCAAUUAACGAUAUGAGUCCUAGAGUGUCUCUAAAUAGUGAUGAACUGAGGGCUUCUAAUGCUUCUGGAAUGCAAAUACUUCAAAAAAGGAUCUCACUUGAAAGAAAUGAGUCUGGUUUGGAAUCACUGGAUGGAAGCCUUGUCAGUGAAAUCGAAGGGGAAAGCAUUGUUGAUCGGUUAAAACGACAGAUUGAACACGACAGGAAAUUGUUAAAUGCUAUGUAUAAGGAGUUGGAGGAAGAAAGAAAUGCCUCUGCCAUUGCUGUGAAUCAAGCAAUGGCCAUGAUUACCAAACUCCAGGAAGAGAAGGCAGCACUGCAUAUGGAAGCUCUGCAAAACCUUAGAAUGAUGGAAGAACAGGCAGAAUAUGAUAUGCAAGCCCUUCAGAAAGAAAAUGACAUUCUUUCCAGAAAGGAGGAAGAGAUUCAAGAUCUUGAGGUAAAGCUUGCAUAUUAUAGAAACAAAUAUCCAGAUGAAUCACCAUUGGAGAACUUAUUGGAGCCUAUUUUGACUAGAGAUGUCAGAGUAGAUUUAGAAGCUAGUUUUAUUGAAGAAGAAGCUUCAUCUAUUGUCCAAUAAUAGGCUACACAAAAUAUUCCAGACAUGAAUGUCAUGGUGUAAGUAAUUCAAAGGAGUUGAACUUGAAAGGUUUGUUAGAAGUUAACAGUGGAACAGAAGAAACUUACUCGUCAAUGCAAAGUAAUGAAUUGGAUUAUUGAGGCAAAGCUCCCUGAUUAUCUGCAAAGCUACUGAUUUUAGCUCUCUGAAAAAAAAAGGGAUUUCUGAUCUGACUGGGAGGCUGGAAGCACUCUGCGGGCAGACCAGGAAUUUAUUGAGCAUUCUAUUAACACACUCAAAGAUGAAGAAGAGGGGCUCUUGCUCAUUCAGUAGAUAGAUUCUCACCUGCAAGAAUUGAGCAGGAUUUGACAUCACAUAUUCAGAAUUAUUGGAAAUCAUAAUAAAGGUCUGUACCUUUAUAUGUCAUUAGGUCAGCUUUUUUUCCCUUCAAUUUCUUUCCUCCCUUCCCACCUUCUUAUCUUUUUCUUUUCUUUUCUUUUUUUAUGUUGAUUGAGUGAAAUUGAAUUUUCUGUCAUUUGUGUGAAUUUGUUUUUGAAUAGUGAAGAGUGAUGUGUGUUAAUUCUUUGAUAUUAUGACUUACAAGAUUGUCAUCUAUAUUGCAGCACUAAUUACUUAGCAAAUGAAAAGGAGUGGACCUUGUAAAGAUAGUGUACUCUUUAUAUGUUGUGCUGUAGUUGGGUUAAUACCAUUUUUGUACAUUGA